AUAGUCACAAUGAAAUUCGUGAUCUUGGUUUUGUUUGUCGCUGGUGCCUACGGGUGUGGUCUGCCCACCUUCACCCCCACCAUCACCAGGGUGGUUGGUGGAGAUGAUGUCCGUGAGCACAGCUGGCCCUGGCAGGUGUCUCUGCAGUUCAAGAGUGGCAGCAGCUUCUACCACACUUGCGGUGGCACUCUGAUCUCCAGAGAAUGGGUCCUCACUGCUGCUCACUGCAUCAGCAGUCGCACCUACAGAGUCUACCUGGGAAAACACAAUCUGAAGAACAACAACGAGGAUGGUUCCAUCGCUAUCAGCCCCUCCAAGAUCGUCGUCCACGAGAACUGGGACACCUACAGAAUCCGUAACGACAUCGCCCUGAUCAAGCUGGCAACCCCUGUCACUUUCUCUGAUGCCAUCAUGGCUGCCUGUAUCCCCAACUCUGGUGACAUCCUGCCUAACGCUUCUCCUUGCUACGUCACCGGAUGGGGUCGUCUCUGGACUGGAGGUCCCGUCGCUGACAUCCUGCAGCAGGCCCUCCUCCCUGUGAUCAGCCACUCCAACUGCUCCAAGCCUGACUGGUGGGGCAGCCUGGUCACCAACGACAUGGUCUGUGCAGGAGGAGACGGACAGCUGGCUAGCUGCAACGGAGACUCCGGCGGUCCUCUGAACUGUCAGAACUCUGAUGGCUCCUGGGACGUCCACGGUGUGGUGAGCUUCGGCUCCAGCAUGGGCUGCAACUACGCCAAGAAGCCCUCCGUCUUCACCAGGGUCAGUGCCUACAUCGCCUGGAUCAACAACGUGAUGACCAAUAACUAAGAUGUGGUUGAUUUGAGUCAUUGUUGGUUGUUGCACUUUAUCAAAUAAAGAAUGUAGUGGUUAAUACA